CGCGCGUGUGUGUCAUCACCGUGAUCGCGGACGAUACAAAUUGGAUUUUCGUGUUUCGUUUCGUUUUCAGAAACAAGAAAGGGACCUUGUGUGAAAGGGGUGUUGUGUGACGCACGAAAUCGACUCCGUCGCGGCCUCCGGCUGAUCUCGACGCGACAUAACCAAAGCGACCGAAAGUCCGAAAGAGAAACUUUAGAAAAGAGGACUGAAGUUGAGAGUCAUACUCAGUUUUGUUAAGAAAAUUAAUAAAUUAAGAGUCUUUUGCGCCAAAUAAUCCAAGGACAGAGUUGAAGACCUUUCUACUCCAUAGCUUUCUACUCCAGAAAUAACCUAACCAAAAAAAAGGAACUUUAAAUAUUAGUACAACUGUUGCGAAGAUUAGGAAGAAUAACAUAACAGGAAGAUAGUAAGAAAGAAAACAAUCUGAUGUAAAGGUGUUCGAGCUAACUCUACGAGUUGGAAGCACUUUUUACAAAAAGAAAGUGCAGGCAUAUACCAUGGACGUUCACGAGAACAUGGAGCUAGAAACGCUGUUGCGGAUCCGCAUUUUGGCAAAGAAACCGGAUUCUGAGGAGAGUUCUCAACAGAGUUGUCAAGAGAAUUCUGAGGAAGAUGAAAAGAAAGAGGAUGAAUACUUUCAGAAGAUGUAUCAGCAGUGGAAGGGCGUGAAGGCGAAGGACGAUUCCACUUACAAAGUCAUACCAAAGUUCUACUUCAAGCUGCCGAAAGAAGACGAGAUUCUACCGCAGAAAUUACGGGAGGAAACGCGUGCUUUGUUCCUCCAGAGGCGUUCGCGACAAUUGCUCGACAAUAAUGAACUGAAGGCGCUCUGGAUCUUAUUGGACAAGCAUCACAGUCCACCUUUGUCGGGGGACGAGCAAUUAAUUAAUUACGAAGACUUUAAGAAAGUGGGCAAACUGGCAGGAGCAAAGUGCAGCCCGUACUUUACCGCGGUCGUUUUCGCCAAGCUCCAGCAAGGAGAUCCACAUGGUAGAAUUAGCAUCAUGGCCCUGUUUAAUUAUGUCAUGCGAAAAGUUUGGUUGCACCAAACAAGAAUCGGGCUUUCUUUGUAUGAUAUUACGGGACAGGGCUACCUGAGAGAGUCGGACUUGGAGAAUUACAUCUUAGAACUAAUUCCAACGCUGCCGCAGCUCGAAGGCCUGGAAAAGUCGUUCCAUUCGUUUUACGUGUGCACAGCAGUCAGGAAAUUUCUAUUCUUCUUAGACCCACUGCGAACUGGACGAGUUCGUAUUCAGGACAUUUUAGCCUGCAGCUUUCUGGAUGAUCUUUUAGAAUUGAGAGACGAGGAUUUGCCCAAAGAUUUGCAAGAAGCGAACUGGUUCAGCGCGCCUUCGGCGCUUAAAGUGUACGGGCAAUAUCUCAAUUUAGACAGGGAUCACAACGGGAUGUUGAACAAAGAGGAACUCGCUGGAUACGGCACCGGUACUUUAACCGGCGUCUUUCUCGAGAGAGUGUUUCAAGAAUGCCUGACCUACGAGGGCGAGAUGGACUACAAGACGUAUCUGGAUUUCGUUUUGGCAUUGGAGAAUCGACACGAGCCGCAGAGUCUUCAUUAUUUCUUUCGCAUUCUCGACAUUAACAAUCGCGGUUACUUGGAUACCUUUUGCCUGAACUAUUUUUUCAGGGCUAUACAAGAGCAGAUGACGAUGCACGGUCAAGAACCUGUUAGUUUCGAAGAUGUCAAAGACGAGAUAUUCGAUAUGGUGAAGCCAGCAGAUCCGUGCAAAAUUACGCUGCAGGAUUUACUGUCUUGCGGACAAGGCGACACGAUGGUCAGUAUCUUGAUCGAAUUCCACGGCUUUUGGGCGUACGAAAAUCGCGAAGCCAUGGCGGCUGAUAACGGGGACGAGUCGUCCCAUCGUCCCCGCAGUGCGACUACGUGUAGUACGUGUGGGAAUAUGAGCGAGAGUUGGAAAUCGUCGGGCACGCCGUUCGCAGACCAGCCAGAAAUAAUGGAGCCCUUCGUCCAGCGUUUGUUGGAACGUGCUAAAGCAAGGAGAGAGAAGUUGGACGAGAAGUUGUUGAACGCAGGACACAAUGUUAAGAAAAGCCCUUUGAAAAAUGCGAAUGCCUUGCUUGAACAAGCUACAGCAGCAGCAAGUAAGAAUUUAGCCAAAUCGCCGGUUAAACCAGUUGUGGUCAGCGCACUCCCUGCCAAGUCUCCUCGUAAGUCUCCUGUAUCUAAGAAUGUCACGUCUGAGAACAAUGAACAGGACAAUAAGGAGAAUGGGAAAUUGGAAACUUAUAAUGUGCGAUCCAAGUUGCAGAGACUUGGAAAAUUAUAUUCUGAUGAUAGUAAUCUUGGGUUGAGUUCACCCAUACACAGGACCGAAGAAAAAUUCACCGCGGAAGAAAGUAAUGUAGAUUACAAACCAGUUAAGAGGGGCGCUAGACUCGACAGAUUAGCGGCUUUAGCUUCGACGAUUAACAAUUGGGAGGAUGAUUUAUCUCAUCCAACAUUAACUAAUUCAAAGAGCAAGGCAGAAAACAGUAAAGCAGAGAAAAUACAAGCAAAAUUUAAUGAGCAAGUAAAAAAUAUAUCGGAGCCGCAACCAAGUACGAGUGAAAGUAAGAAAUGGGUUACUGCCAACAAUGGGAGAAAGAGCAAAGAUCCAAGUCCAAUUAAACAAUUAAAAUGGGAUAAAACCACAUUAGAAAAUUUGGAAUCAAACGCAGUUACAAGUCGUUUAUCACCUAACAAGUUCACAAGCUCUGCUCACCAGCAGAUGGAAAGGAAACGAAUUACGCCUGAAAAGUUUGACGGUUCACCAAGGAGCAAGAAAACGGAAGGUGAUGCGACCGCAAGUCCGGCUAACUCUUCUAGAAGCAACGACAGUAAAAUUUCUAAUACUCCUGAAAAUGUUAAAAGCGCGAAUACUACCAGCAGUUCUCGAUUACCGUCGAGAACUUUAUUUAGCGGUUCGCCAAAGACUGUGGUCCAACCAUCAGGUUCGGUGUUGAGUAAAGCAUCGAUGUUUGAAGCUAAAAGCACUGAGUCAAAGGCGAAAGAUCCUGCUCAAAUGUCGCUCGCCGAAAGGAUGGCGCUUUUCGAGCGAAAUAAAGGAGAAGCAUUAAUACCCAAAGCGCCGCUUACGAUGUCGAUACCGCCUAAAAAGUUACGGGAAAAGGACAAGCAAUCUAAUACAGAUUCAUCUCCGAUGAACAAUCGAAACGCCGAUGUCCCGGGCAGAACAGUUCUCGAACAACGUGCGAUGUUCGAGCAAGGCAACAAUAGAAACAAAGUGGAAGAAAUGGAAAAUCGCAUUUUACAAGCUACUCACACUGAGAGACAGCGUGAAUUAGGCAUGUUACGCUCGCGGUUUAAUGCCAAUAAGGAGGUUGCUCGUGCCGCCGCUGAAUCUUGUGUCCGAACGAGCGAGAGCAGCGAAGGAGGUGGCAAAUCCUCGUCGCCGAAGAAUUCGCCUGUUUGCCCAGUGAAACCGACUCCUGCUCCUGAUCAUAUCGCCCAACCUCCGCCGCCGCCGCCAUUACCACAUCCGGAAAUCAUAUCGUAUCACAGUAAAUCAUCUCCGGUGAAAAGACAGGUUGCUGGAAGCCCACCCAAGGUCCAACAUUUAAAUGCGACAUCCGAUAUCAAACGUAUCCGCGUGUGUCCUCCGAAACCAGGAUCCCUUUAUCCAAAUUUAUCCGAGAUUGAAACUACAGAAAGCGAGAGCGUUACAGACAGCGAGAGCGAAACAGAAUACACUGUUGACAGCACCGAACCUGUAACAGCUACUCUCGACGAGAAAACUGAAACCGAGACGGCCUCUGAAGCCGAUUAUUAUAUUCGACAUGAAACUGACCAGGAAACUGAAAGUGAUCAAGAAAGCGUACAAAAUUCAUCUUUUGGGCGUACGAGUUUUGGACGCAGUAUCUUGCAAGCACUCGAUGAACGUUCGAUGUUCAACAAAAAGAGAUGCAUAGAACCGGAUCCAGAUAGCACCACAUCAGACAUAUCAGUACUCGAUGAAAUGGAUCAGUAUUUGGACGAGUGUCUUGAUGAAGAAUUGGGUGACGUGAGAGAGGAAGGCCCAACACCGCCUAAAGUAAAUAAAGGUGGCGAACGUCUGUCGAUGGGAGGCAAUACAUCCAAAUAUCGUUCGCCUUUAAAAGAAUCAAGUAAACUAGAGGAUGGUGGCAAGCGCGUCAUUCCAUUAGUACGCACUGUUAGUGCAUACAGACGACAACAAUCUCAAUUGGCUAAAACUAAUCCAGUUGCAAGAUAUGAAACAGAAUCGAAUUCAGUUUCCAAUGCAGAGAAACGCGUAGACGAAGCUAUAUUGGUAGAAAAUAAAGUGAAGAAGUUAUUGGACGAAGUUGGAACACAACAGAAGAAGAUAGAAGAAGCUAGCAAAGCAUUGAAUUUAUGUCAUUCUACUGUCGAAUUCAAUGGUUCUAGUGAGCACGUCGGAGGCGAAUGGGCUCUGCUCGUUGCUACUCAUAAACGCCAAGCUGCAUUGAAUGAAGUGCAAAGGCUGAAACGCGAAGGCACACUGAUACCUGUUAAGGCAGGUUCGCCGGAAGCAGAGGGGAGUGGGUCAUUAACUAUUUCUGCUAUUACGUUACCGCUCAAACCAGAAUAUUCCCGAAACAUGGACAUGAAUACAUAUCUUCAUUGCGUCUGCUUGAUGUAUUACUUAGGAGAAGUGGUCGCUACUCAAGCAGCGACUGCUAACCCAGGUGACCCAGCUGACCCAGCGACUGCUGACGCGUGUAUUUCUUUUACUUCAAUGUUGAAACUUGAUAAUUUGCACAGUGAUUUCAAAAUUCGUGUUGAAGUAUACACUUUCCAGACGCACCCAAAAUAUUUGCCACAUGAAAAGAAGUAUCAUAUCAAUCAUAACGUGAAAGCGGUCAAUAAGACGCCAAAGAAAAAGAAUCAGUUUGUAAUGCCAGAUAUACAGAGCCCAGCAGGUCCAAACGUAAUCAGAUCACCUGCUUUCGAAUUAUCUGGGACUGCGACUCUUACCCUGCGUGACAUAAAUUACAAGCAAUUUACUUUGUUCGGAGUCUCGUCACAUUCUCCUCUGGAAGGACACCUGCGAAUGAAUAUAUUGCGUAAGCUCUCGGUGUCGGUGGAAUAUCGCGGAUUUUUAACUCUCUACGAAGAUAUUACGAACUUGGGUGCUUGGCGUCGAAGAUGGUGCUGGCUUAAAGACGCUAAACUUUACUGUUGGGUACAUCCUGAGGACGAGCACAAGAAAAAUCCAAUAGGACGUAUCGAUUUGGAGGAUGCAGUUACAAAGCAUGUACGAUUUAUAAACGGAGAAAAAUACGCUCGUCCGUACACAUUUUUAAUCCAGAUAUCGAGACCCGCGCAACCUGGAGACACUAGUAAUAUUAUUACGAAGACAGAUGGAAAACAAACCAGAACCGACCACUUUUUAUUAGCUGACUCAAAAGAAGAAGGAUUACAAUGGAUGUCGAAAUUAAAUAAAACUCUAAAUUUAAUAAGAGCUUGGGGAUCGUCCAGAAGUUCUAUUUAAAAAGCUUAAAAAUCAAGUUUAAAUUCAUUAAUCUCAAGCAACGUAUUUAUGUACGUUUAGAUCGAUUUGUGAUAGGAGAUAUGCGUAUGCAUCGACACAUGAUGCAUCGCUCAUCGAAAUAUAGGAUAAAAUACUUCGCUUAAAAUACUUUGCAAAAAAAAAAAAGAAGAAAAAUCUAUUUCGCUUUACUAAGACAUAUGCUACUUGCAUCUAAUCGAUAUAUAAAUGAUGCAAAUGUAAAAAAAAAUAUAAAAUGUACUGAUAUAUACAUAUACAUAUAAACAAUGCAAGUAUUUAUACAUAAGGAAGUAGCGAAUGUACUACGUUUGAACAUUUUCAUCAGCGAUACGUUUCAUAUUAUUUGUGUUGCAAAUAAUCAAUUAAUUGUUUUAAUAUAGACAUUCGAGUGAAUUAAUUUGGUUUUUAAUCGUGGACGCAAUCUAUAAAAUAUUUCAUUAAAUUUCAAUAGCCAUUUUAUUGGAAAUCAAAAUUUGCAAGUUUUCAUGAAGUUCUACCCGCUCAAUACCUUUACUGAAAUAUUUAAUAUAUAUAGGUAUAUGUAUUAAAUAUUCGGUACAUCCUCAUACUUUCUGAAACUGCGCAGUCUAUUUACAGUUGACAAGAAAAAGAUUAAUAGCUAUUGUUUCAUCGAGGGACUUUUGGCUUUAUUGCAAUCUUAUAUCGGUAUUGUUCAAUCGUACAGUUGCACAAUACUCCAGUUUUCACAUCAUGUUUAAUUAUGAUAAAUUGUUUAAAUACUUGAUCACCAAUACGUUUACCAAAUAGUUGCCAUAAAUUUCAAAACUAGACAUUAUUUCGAUAUAGUACAUAUUGAAGAGAUUGUACAUAGGCUAAUCGUAGGAAAUUAGUAUUUACUAAUGUAAUUAAGAGAUUUUUAUACGUAAAAUUACGAGCUUACACAUUAAUAUUAGUAAUAAUAUUAAUAUUAAUAAUU